CGCCAUUUCCCACCGAGCAUAACAGUGUACAGAUAUGGACGCACAAUCAGAUGCACUAGAUCACAACAGCGCGUAGAUGCGAUGCCGUUACGUGGUAGUGCACGAGUGUUGACGACCGCGCUCGCACCGCAUUUGUACGUACGCAUCGAACACAUAUUGAUUCGAUCGGAGGCAGUGGGUUCGCUGGCGAACGAUGUUCAGCGCGUGGUCCACGCCGUUCCUGCAAAUCUCCACGGUCGUUGUGCUCGCCGUGCUCGUGGCGCACAAAUACCUCACGUUCAACCACGGCAAAUGGAAAAAGCUCGGGGUACCGUUCGCCGAACCGACGCUGUUGUUCGGCAGCAUGGGUGACGCGAUAGCGGGCCGCGUGCCGCUGGUCGACUUGAUGGCGAAGAAUUACCACCGGUUCGACGGGCAACGUUAUUUCGGCAUGUACGAGGCUCGCAGACCCCUGCUGGUCCUGCGCGACCCGCGGCUGGUGCACGCCGUCACCGUCAAGGAUUUCAGCUCGUUCGGCGACCGGAUCGCGAGCAAAGUGUCGUUCGAGCACGACAAGCUGUUCGAUCACUUGGUAAACUUGCGAGGUGAACGGUGGAAGUCGAUCAGAGCGAAGUUGAGUCCGACCUUUUCCGCAGCCAAACUCAAGUCGAUGAUGGCCGACAUAAACGAAUGCACGUCGCGGCUAAUUUUCAACUUGGACGAACAAGUGGCGAAAAACAACGGAGUAGUUGAUAUUAGUGAAGCGGCGGCUCAGUUCACUACGGACACGAUUGGUCGUUGUGCUUUUGGGCUUGAAUUUAAUUCAUUAACAGAUCCGAAUUCAGAUUUUUGCCGUAUAGGACAAGACGUUUUUAUGCCAUCUCGUAGAUCAGUUAUAUUAAAUAUUAUUAGGCUGUAUGGUUUAGGUCGGCUUUUGGAUUUGCUUAGAAUACGAGGAAUGCCAGAUCAUGUUUUUGAUUUCUUUGACAAUCUACUUCAAACAGCCGUGAAUCAACAUAAAUCCGGAGAAAAUACCCGCAAUGAUUUUAUUGCGACAUUAGUUAAACUCAAAGACGAAGAACAACUUGAUAAUAACGGACAAAAAUUAUUUACUGAUGAUAUUUUAGCAGCAAAUGCUUUUGUUUUCUUUAUUGCCGGUUUUGAAACUACAGCUUCAACAAUAAGUUAUUGCUUAUAUGAAUUAGCUUUAAAUCCAGAAAUUCAAACAAAAUGUCGAGAAAAAAUCAAGCAAACCCUUGAUGCAAACGACGGAAAACUUUCCUACGAUACUUUGAAAGACAUGAAAUAUAUGGAUAUGGUAAUUAAUGAGGCGUUAAGAUUGCACCCACCAGUUCCUGUUUUGAAUCGGGCGUGCACCAAGAAAUACACAAUACCCGAUAGUAAUAUAACUUUAAAUGUUGGUGAAAAGGUUUUAAUACCGACAUAUUCUUUACAUAUGGAUCCUAAGUAUUAUCCAAAUCCACACAUUUUUGAUCCUGACCGGUUUUCUGAAGAAAAUAAGUCUCUAAGACCAAACGGUGUAUUCUUACCUUUUGGCGAUGGACCGAGAGUUUGUAUCGGUUUGCGAUUUGCUAUGAUGGAAGUAAAGACAGGACUAGCUGAAGUAUUAUCUAAAUUUGAAGUAUCUCCGUGUAAGGAUACACAAAUUCCGAUCGAGAUUAGGCCAAGAAGUAUACUACUCACACCAAACAACCCAAUUCGUAUAUUAUUUAAAAAAAUUGAAUAAAAAUAUACUUAUAUUUAAAUCAUGUUAAAAUAAACUUUCAAUAACUUGCUGUUAAACUUAA